UAGCAGGCUAGCUAGUCGUGUCAAAUCUGAGCAUUAUACAUUUCUGUGUACGGUGAACGACCAUACCGGGAACUUUUGCUGAGACGAAGGAAUUCGGCAUAUUCUCUGACUGCAAUGCAUUGCAAGAAUAGCUAAAUCAAGUGGACCGGCAUAAGUAGCCAGUUAGCUGAAGCCUGGAUUAGUGUUAGCCGGGUGCAGGGCUAGCUAGCAAUAGCUUGCCAGCUAGUUGCUAGCAAACUACGUCUGGUUUAUGAAGACCAGAUUAAUAUUUUGUAACGUUGUAUCAGCUGUCUAGCAGCUAGGCUUUUUAAAACCGAGUAUUUCGUGUUGCCAUUAACGGUUAAACCGGCGUCCUAGCGUUGCCAGCCAUUAGAUUAGUGGUCAAGCCUGUAUCUGGCCGACGUAUCAAUGCGCUACUCGCCAUGCCUUUGCGCACACGCCCUGAAAAAUAUAGGGAUUCAACUGUUCAGUUUGAAUGGUGUGUUGUAGAUAUGAACCCCGAUAUGUGGCUGCUACUCAUGUAUUUAAAAUUGAAUGUGUCAUUUUGAGACCAGACAUCACUGACAGAGGUUCUGUCUGAUGUUAUAGACGAGUGGACGGUUCUUUCAGAUUUCUGGGGUGUAGUCAGUGGUAGGACUUUAGCUAAUUGUUCAAUCAUGGGGGCUACAGUGUCAUGCUGCAUGUCCCCCGGUGGGAGUCCAAAGAUUGCGAGGAGAGCAGUCGAGCUCGACGACUACCCAAUAACCACCACUGGCGACGACGUAAGCGAGGACACGGGCACCUAUCUGCAGCACAUCAGCGAUAGAGAGGUCCCGGAUGAAUUGGCACAGGAGUCCAACCCAUCCGAUAAUGCCAGAGCCAGCACAAUCUUCCUCAACAAGUCGCAGACUGAUGUGCGGGAGAAAAGGAGAAGUAACUACUUAAGUAAUCAUCACACGUCUCCUGGGUUAUCUAAAAAGUACAGCUCCUGCUCCACAAUAUUCCUUGAUGAUAGCACGGUCAGCCUGCCCAACCUGAAGAGUACGGUCAAAUGUGUCACGUUGGCUAUAUACUAUCACAUAAAAAACAGGGAUUCAAACCGUUCUCUGGACAUUUUCGAUGAGAAGAUCCACCCAUUAACGAGAGAGAAGGUUCCAGAAGACUACUACAGCGUGGACCCUGAACACAAGCUCAUCUACCGCUUUGUCCGCACGCUCUUCAGCUCGGCCCAGCUGACUGCUGAGUGUGCCAUCGUCACCCUGGUGUACCUGGAGCGUCUGCUGACCUAUGCAGAGAUGGACAUCUGUCCGUGCAACUGGAAGCGUAUCGUACUGGGCGCCAUCCUGCUGGCGUCCAAGGUGUGGGACGACCAGGCCGUGUGGAACGUAGACUACUGCCAGAUCCUCAAGGACAUCACCGUGGAGGACAUGAACGAGAUGGAGAGGCACUUCCUGGAGCUGCUUCAGUUCAACAUCAACGUGCCAGCCAGCGUCUACGCCAAGUACUACUUUGACCUGCGCUCCCUGGCCGACGACAACAACCUCAACUUCCCCCUGGAGCCACUUGACAACCAGCGAGCCACUAAACUGGAGGCUAUCUCCAGACUGUGUGAGGACAGAUACAAGGAUCUGGGCAAGGUGACCAUAAGGAGGUCCCUCAGCGCAGACAAUCUGGUGGGUGUCCGAACCACCCACGCCGUGCUGUCGUAAAGCUGGACCUGCUACACACACAGGACAGGCGGAGGAUGAGGAUGCACCGAAGGCCUUCCUAAACUAGACACUCACUGGCACCAUCGACACACACAGCGGGUCCCAAAUCACCCCCACCUCCAGAUCUGUAUGGUGGCAGCUCCACCACUGAUACCUACUCAUACACCCCAGAUCUGUAUGGUGGCAGCUCCACCACUGAUACCUACUCAUACACCCCAGAUCUGUAUGGUGGCAGCUCCACCACUGAUACCUACUCAUACACUCCAGAUCUGUAUGGUGGCAGCUCCACCACUGAUACCUACUCAUACACUCCAGAUCUGUAUGGUGGCAGCUCCACCACUGAUACCUACUCAUACACUCCAGAUCUGUAUGGUGGCAGCUCCACCACUGAUACCUACUCAUACACUCCAGAUCUGUAUGGUGGCAGCUCCACCACUGACACCUACUCAUACACUCUAGAUCUGUAAAAAUCAAAGGGUUAGAGUGACUGACACACACACUGACCAUGGUGACGAAGCCUCUACCCUGUGGUGUAGUUUGGCACACGGACGGACAGAUAGUGACGUAGGACGGUUUUCUUUGCUUACUGUGUAGGCCCUUUAGCUGUGAAAUGUAUCAGUUUUUAAUUGAACAUAUUUUCAGUUGCUGUUUAUUUCAAAUAAACUGUAAUAAACUAUAAA